AUGUCGUCUUCUGGAGUCAUUCUGAAAGCCGGCAUACUUGGUGCGACCGGCACGGUCGGACAGAGAUUCAUUUCAUUACUUUCCAAGCACCCCUUCUUCACGAUUCACGUUAUUGGGGCUUCUUCACGUUCCGCCGGAAAAGAGUAUUCUAAAGUUGCAAAAUGGAAAAUGACCACAACUCUACCCGCCGAAGUUGGAGAUAUGGUAAUCCAGGAGUGUAAACCCGAGUUGUUUGUAGAAUGCGAUGUGAUAUUUUCGGGUUUGGAUUCCGACGUUGCUGGUGAAAUUGAGACAUCUUUCCUCAAAGCUGAUCUAGUAGUGUUCUCUAAUGCCAAAAAUCACCGUCGUGAUCCAGUAGUUCCGCUCAUUGUGCCUACCGUGAAUCCUUCACAUUUUAAUUUAAUCCCGCACCAAAGGUCUUUGCACUCGCUUCGCAAAGGUUUCAUUGUCACGAACGCGAAUUGUUCCACGACAGGUCUCGUGGUAGCCCUGAAACCUCUUCAGGAUGCAUUCGGACCCAUCGAGGCUGUCAUCGUUCAAACAAUGCAAGCUAUUUCUGGAGCUGGCUAUCCUGGCGUGGCGUCGCUUGACAUUUUCGACAAUGUCAUCCCCUUCAUCAGCGGCGAGGAGGAGAAGAUGGAGUAUGAGACACUUAAAAUUUUGGGAGAUGUUAACGAAACGGCUACCGGGUUCAAUAUGCUUUCUUUCACAAAAGUCUCGGCCUAUUGUAACCGUGUGCCAGUGAUCGAUGGACACACCGAAUGUGUUUCUAUUAAAUUUAAAAAUCGACCGCCUCCAUCGGUGGAACAGGUCACCCAAGCUUUGGAUUCAUAUGUGUCCGAGUCGCAACUAAUCGGCUGUUAUUCGGCUCCCAAAAAAUCGAUAAUUGUAACCGCAGAUCAAGAUCGACCGCAACCGCGAUUGGAUAGGGACAAUGGUGACGGCUACAGUGUCACCGUGGGAAGGGUUAGAGAGUGCAACGUACUUGAUGUUAAAUUCACUCUGCUUGUACAUAACACUAUUUUAGGCGCGGCAGGAAGUGGAAUAUUAAAUGCCGAAAUUGCACUGGCAAAAGGAUUAUUAAAAGUUGAAUCCUGA